AUCUGCUGCUGUCUCUGCUUCUGAUCAAAGACACUGCAGUUCUGAUCCUGAAUGUUCUUCCAGAGUCCAGAUCUCAUCACAGCCGGAUCCACAGACUCCUUCUGGAGCUUUGAUUCAUGUGUGCCGCGUUACUUGGGCAACCUGUCCUUCAGAGUCUGGAAGAAGAUGCAGGACAUCGUCCAGAACACUCCUGUGAUUCUGGAUCCAAACACGGCUCAUCGAUCUCUCAUUCUGUCUGAUGAUCUGACCAGUGUGAGAAACAUCUUCAACAAUCAACCUGUUCCUGAUAAUCCAGAGAGAUUUGACCGUCAUCUCUGUGUUCUGGGUUCAGAGGGUUUUAACUCAGGAACACACUGCUGGGAUGUGGAGGUUAAACAGAGUUCAGGCUGGAGUCUUGGAGUAACUACAGCAUCAAACCAGAGGAAGGGAUUGGGUUUCUUUAACACUGAUGUCUGGUGUGUGGUGAGGAAGGGAUUGGGUUUCUAUAACACUCUGGUUUUUGUGUUGAACGUAAGCUUGAUCGUGUGA